AAAACAAACAAUGGAAAAUUUCGCGGAAAGUCUGGGAAGGAAUUUACGAUUGCUUUAAAUUUUAGCUUUCCAGUCUUUUACAAACAAAAUUAAACCCAGGAUAAAUAUUGAAAAUUUUUGCUUUUCCUUAUUGGUUUGCGUACUUCUUAAAGAUGUCACUGCAGAUAAUGAGACUCAUCAUAUGACCAAGAUAUAUAGUUAUUUACAUCAUUGCUAACAUUUCCAAUGAAAGAAAAGCUUAGUUAUGAUCUUGAAUUCAAAAGCAUAAAUUCUUGUCUAUUCUCUAACAUGGAAAAGAAACGUUUGCAACAGUUAGCAUACAAGCAGCAAGCUGACCAUCUAACUCAAGCUCAUACACAAGCUAUGAAGCUUUUAAUAGAAGGCCAACAAAAAUUCAAACUCUCUGUGAAUGAUGCUUUGUCUUAUCUUGAAUUGGCUAAAUCAAAACUGGGAGCUGCACAAUUUUGUGAGUUCAUGCAAAUUAUGAAGAAGUGUAAAGAACCAAAUUGUGAUGCCAUAAAUACUAUAUCAAGAAUUUGUUGCCUUUUGCAAGGACAUCCAGAAUUACUUCAGGGUUUUGGAAUGUUUCUGCCACCAAGUCUCAAUCUGCAGUUGCAAACAAGUGGCAGUUUUCUUAUUAAAGCUAUGAAAAAUCAAACCAGUGAUUCUAAUAGUUUUAUGCAGGCAAAUGGAGAAAAAUUUCAGAAUUAUUAUUCAUUUGGUGAAGUAAGUCCUGUGAUAAAUGGUGAAGGUUUAGAUGAUAGUAUGGAUUAUUUAAAUGAAUCACUCUUAGAAGAAAAAGAAAUCUAUGCUACAAAAGAAGUUGAUGAUGAUUAUGCUAUCUUAUUUCUAAGUAAAGUAAAGGAACGUUUUUUAAAUGUACCUGAUGUGUUUGAAAAAUUUCUGCAACUAUUAGACUCAGUUAGGAAAGAUUGCAUUGCAUAUUCAUGUAUAGUUAAAUUAGUAAAUGCAAUGAUGAUACAGGUGGAUAAAAAAGAUCUUAAGAAAUGGAUAAAAAACUUUGUAUGA